CUUUGGAAGGUGAUUAAUUAGAUAAGUAGAUAAUUGAUUGAAAAUUGAAAUAAUUGUGUUAUACAAUUUUUUAAAAAUGUAUAAAGCUGUGGUUUUGUUGUUUGUUUUGGGAGCAGUAGCUUUUUGUUAUGGGGAUGAAUCAGCAAAAGAAGAUGCAAAAGCAGCUGUACAAGAACUUGUAAAAAAAUGCGCCAAAGAAACAGGAGCAACCGAAGAGGAAAUCAAAGAAUUAAAAACUAAAGUACCUUUGGAAUCCAAAGGAGCAAAAUGUUUUGGAGCUUGCUUGUAUAGGAACUUUGGAGUGUUCAAAGAUGGAAAAUACAACCCUGAAGCUUUGGUGGCAGCCAGCAAAAUGUUCUACGAUGAAACUACUCCUCAACACGAAAAGAUCAAGGAAAUCGCUCAAGAAUGUGCAAAAGAAGUCGUGGAUGCUGAUGAAUGCGAAUUGGCUGCCAAAGCAGUUGCUUGUGAAAGUCCCAAAUUUAAAGAAAAUAACAUCGACAUUCCACUUUAAAAAAAUAUUUUUGAAUAGAUUGUGAUUGCAACAAUAUCAGUUGAUGUAAAAGAUCUAUUAAAUUUAGGUAUAAAAAUAUAGAGAAAAUUGUUCGUUUAAUAUUGCUCAAUAU